CGGAAGAGUUGAACACGAUGAUGGUAAGGGGCAAUCCGAGAUUCAAGGAGAAACAUGUUCAUGAUGUAGCUACUCUUUGUUGAUUCCCCUGCGACAAAAGAGCGUGUCCACCACUAACUAAAGAGAGGAGAUAUCCCUGUUUGUCCAUUUUGAAGCAGGCUACAUGGUGUGUGUUUUGCAUUCAGAGUGUGUCUGUGUGGGUGUCCAGAGAUGGAAAGCUAUGAAGAAUUCUGUCUGCGGAGUCUGACCAUACUGCAGGAAGAGGGGAAAUUCAUGAAGACGAUAUGUGAGCCACUAUGGUCCUCGAAGGCUUUCUCUCUCAUCCGCUUCCAUGGAAGAGCUGUGCUUUCACCUCUGCUGAGUGCAGAGCAGCGCAGUGAGAUGUGUGACCACAGACAGAGAGCGGUCCAGCUGGAGGUUGACAGGCAGAACAAGCAGAACAACAACCUCAUGGCCCGAGUUCAGGACAAACUGGACCAACCUCGGGCACAUGGAGACUCAAGUACAGAUGUUGAAAAGCUGCCAGUUUCUAAAUCUGCAAAGGUUAGUGGCUACACCCUGAUCACUGACUCUCCUGGACUUCCCAGAGACCCUGGGUUUGGAGUUCAAACAAGGGAUCAACCAAGCUCUGAGACCCCCGUCGUCAAUGGUUACAAGGCAGUGGAGAAAGUGAUGGUGGAGAAGGAAGAGAACAGUGAGGAGGAGGGGGAAGAAGAGGAGGAGGAGGAGGACAUUAGUUUGGACAGCCUUCUAAAGAGAUCAAGGGAUUAUGUGAAGAGAGAGCAGAGUCAGCAGGAUUCAAAAGUUGUCCCCACAGUCACUGGGUCUCCUCCGCUUGAGACUGUCUCUGACAAGGAAAAUAAAAGCUGCAGUCCCAUGGGGGACACAGGCGUCGAGUUUGGAUUCAGUCUGCACCACAGCCCUAUUCGCCCACCUCAGACCCAAAUGCAGCAUCAAUAUCUGUACGACGCUAGUCCCCAACAGACUGGUUGUCUCUCACCUAGUCUACAUGACCGUUAUGCCCGGCUCCCCAGUCCAGAGUCCAGCAUUAGUCCCCGUGCACAGAGACGUAGACCACGUCCAUUUUCUACAGGAAACAUACACGUUUCGUUUCCCAUCAGCCCAGAAGACCUCAUCCCCUGCAGCUCAUGGAGGUCAGGGGAAGGUGCUGGCUUGGCAGAUUGGGGAGAAGCUCUCUCCGAGGCUAUAAAGUCUCCCGAUCACUGGGGCUCAGUAGGGAGUGAGCGUAGUGCUGGUGUAAGCAGUGGAAAUAGUCGACCCAGCCACUGUGGUACCAGCCCAGUGCAAGAUUUUUGUAGCCCCAUUAGUGCCUUAGGGUUAAGCCCAAAUGGGCAGCAUGACCAUUUUGUUGCAGGAUUUCGCCGGCGCUGCCACACCCUUGACAGCCAGCUGCAUAGGAAAGACUCUGGUGUGGGGCACAUAGACCGCAACCAGGAGAGGGUGCCUCGCUUCAUGGCAGGAGUUACAUGGAUGGCUGCAAGUGGGCACACCCCUACAGCCCCUUUAAACCGGUCGUUUGAGGUAGAUAAACCCUCACUUUGUUUGCUAAGGCCCUGCAUUACUUCUGACUUGGCUCAUGGCACACCAAGGAUGGAGGCUACUGACCCUCAGGACACAAACAAUGGGAGAAUCACACCAACUGGCUUCAGAAAUGCAGCCGAGGCACAGACCAGCAAGACAGAGGGGACCCAGAGGCGAGCACAGGCUCUGGAGGACAUGCAAAGGCGUCUGGAGGAGGAGCAUGCCUUGCAGAUGUCUUUACUCCUGGCUGAGCAGGAGAAAGAGCAACAGCGCCUCUGUCUGGCACUUGGGGAGACAGAGAAAAGACUAAAGGAGCAGGAAUGUGUGCAGCCUUUGAGUAUGGAUGCUUGUGGGUGGAACUGUAUAUCUGCGAGUGACAGCCGUCCUAUUGUGAACCCCUCUUGUCCAGGACUAAGCCCUGCCCACACACAAUCUGAGCGAUCACCUGGACACAGUAUAGGUUUUUCCAGCCCCGUAAGUUCCAGUGUAUCCUCUCCCUCUCUCCAGUCUCCUGUCUAUCUUUGGGGGCCAACAUGGGCAGGUAGCAAACCUCGAGCAAGGCUAAGUCUGGUUCUGACAGCAGAGCAGCAGGGAGCGUUCUGUCGAAUUGGCGCCAUCAUUCGCGGCUUCCUCACUCGCAGAUUGCUCAAAACUGAGAAGAUCAAACACCUGUGCCAGACCAUUAUGGAUACGCAAGAGUUCAUCUGUUCAUUCCAGACAGAAGCUCAUCAGAAGAAGAGCCUCUGCUCAGCACAAGAUCGCUCCCUGCAGGAGAGAGUUAGAGCCCAGCUACGUGCAGCCCUUUAUGACAUCCAUGACAUCUUCUUCAAAAUACCUCUUGGGGAUCGGUUAGCGUUGCUACAGCAGGACAGAGAGCUCCGAGCAGAGAGGAAGCUGCGGGACAUGGAGAAAGCCAAGUGUCCCAAGGAUAGAGCGGUUCUGUCUGCUGCCACACAGAGGUCUCUGGACAGGAAAAAGAGGGUUAGUGAAUCCCCAGCCCAGGCUAGGAAGAUGCAGCAGAAGCCAAAGAGCCCUACUGCUAACAGAGUCCUGAAGCCAAGCCACGGCCACAAUUCUCCUGUUGCAGGCCAACUGAAUCGCCAGGGCAUUUACCUACUGACCUUGAAGUCAGCAUAACAUGACGGUGGCUGUUUCCUCUCAGGAGCUGGUACAGAAAGACCCCAGGAGAGAGAGUGAGGCGCUCAGACAGCCUGAAGAAGCAGCACUCUCUGGGGUGACUGGUCACUCAACUUCCCUGAACUGUGGGAUUGAAUUGCUAAUCUUUAACUAGAAACCUUAAACCACUGGUUGUGCUGCUAAACUUUAUGAAAUUCGAAAGAUUGUAUUCACUACCACACUUGAGCUCAUUGAUUCACUUCAUUAGAUGCCUUUGUUUUUGACUGUUCAGCUUGCUGUAAUACUUUGCCAACAACUGAUUGUUAUCCACAAAACUGAAACGUAGCUUGAUACUGUGUGUGGAUUAUUUAUUGAAAAGGUGGGCACAUUGUUAAUAAGUAUCUGUACUUUAAUGCAAGCUAAAGGAAGGUCAGAGAUCCACAUUUCUAUCUGUGCCUAAUAACAAUGCCUUUGCUAUCUGCAACGUUUAGCAUGCAUAUUUUUUAUAAUUUGUGUUUAUAAAGUGAAAUUUCAAUCGUCAGUGUCAUACAGAAAGCCACAGGAAAUAGUUACCAUAAGAAACAAGUAUUUAGGUGAGUACAAAUCAAAAAUUUGUUUUGUUUCCAACUUGUUUUCUUCUUCUAUUAAAUGGUGCAGAGUUUACAGUACUCAGAGACAGCGCGUUUUAACAUUAGGCUUGAAUCAAACCCAAAUGCCAAAAAUCAAAUCUAAAUGUAUUUGUUUACACACUGGCGGGCUGUUAUAUUAAUGUAGCUUCACACAACAGGAAAUGCACAGCAGACACAGAGCAAAACAAAAUACAUGCCCAUGUCAAAUGUUUAGUAAAUGCUGUAACAUUCUCCAUUAUUCUCCACUGCUUACACAUAAGGCUGAGACUUUGAAUAAAAUAAUAUUUAUGUGCACAAAUAAUUUAACCUCAUGUUAAAGAAUUGGUAGAUCCACUUGUUUACUGAGAUACCAAAUUGACUUAUGUGUGUUGAUGUUGUCUGCUGAUAUUGCUGUACUCUUUUAAAAGACAAAACAAUGGGUUUUAAAAAAAAGAAGCCAAAUAGUGUUUUUGAUGACCAGAAUAAAUUCUGAAUCAUCAUUUUCUCGGCUCUGGAUAUUUUCUCUGAAACUGCCUUGAAAAAAACAGGAAGACACUACAUGACGGUUAAAGAUCUCGUGAUGCUUUGCCGUGGGUCUUGAUUCAAUUGAAUUUUGUUUUAGUCCUUUAAAGCACAUACAUAAGAUAUUAUUAUUUCGUACUUGCUUUCAUUUAGUUUCAUGAUUUUAGCAAUAUUUGUGGUCAUAUGGUUUCAAAGGAUUCUGUUUAAGAUAUUUUUUCGUUUUGGCCUACGUUUAAGGUCAUCAAACAACAUGGUGAGGAAGUAUUUUUUUAAAAACAUUUUAUGACAUUACGGUUUUACUAAGAAACUGGAACAUUAGUAUCCUUUGUAAUCAUCCUUAAUCAAUGGUUGAAUACAACAAGUGCGAGUGUCAAGAAAUAAGAGUAUGACUUUAAUCCAUUAUUUGUUGUUGACACAAAUCUUCCAAAAUCUUGGCACACAUCUUAAAAUCAUAUGAAGGCUUCAUCCGUUCAUUAUGGAAUGAAAGAGUUAGGACAUAUAUGAGGAAGGCUUUUGUGUGUAGAAAUUGUUCUUUCAGUGUGGACAAAUCGUUUGUAACUGACACCAACAUCAGUCUAAUCACCAUUAAACACAAAAAAGACAAACUUCUGAAACUAUCAUGAAAGCUGAGAAACUAAUAUUUAGGUUUGUAAGAUCAGCCAUUUUCUGAACACAGUGUUACACUGGAACAUAAUUUGUGCGUAAUGCCUGGUGUUGGUUUUUCUCUCUGAUUAAAUUCUUAUAUUUCACAUUUCAUGCUUCAAAGAGAUAUUAGCAUUUUACAGGGUGGCCUCGCUGCUUUAGAAAAUUGAAGUAAACAAAACUAACUAAUAGGAAUAGUGAUACACUUUGGGACCAAUCGGUAAGUAGCACUUUGGUGACAUUAAAAAGCAUACCGACUCCACUACUUAUCAUAGAUUAAAAAAGCUGUACCCUGUUUAGCAGGAAGAGCAAAUGGAUUUUUUUUUUUUAUCCAACAAUAGAAACUGAUGUUAGCAAAAACAUAGAGCAGAUAGAUCCUUCAACAAGAACAACAAAAGUGAAUUGGAUUGGUUUAUUGGAUUGUAUACAAAAUCACAUACAUGUAUGCAUUUCAAAUAUAGGUGGAUAAAAAAAAGUAAAUAACAAUAAACCAGAUAAGCCAUCACCCAGAUCUCUCUAUUUCUCAUAUAUGAAUUAAAAAAAAAACAAACCAUUCAUUUGCAGUGAGUUGUGUCCUUUAAAAUAAAAGAAAACAGAUCAAAAUCAUUCUUUGAGAAGUCCACAUCCAUA